AUUUUUACCGUCUUAUCUUCUUCAACCAGACAUACACGAAUUAUUGCUGAAACUCUGAAAUCUCACUAUCUCUCUUUCUCCGAGCCGAAACGCUCUGUUCGCACAAGGUGAAAAGGACUGUCUUUUUCGGAUUUCCAGUGCUUGUUCAAGACAAUAUGUCAAGAGUCUAUGUUGGGAACCUAGACCCUCAAGUAACUGAGCGGGAUCUGGAAGAUGAGUUCCGUACCUUUGGAGUAAUAAGAAGCAUUUGGGUUGCAAGGAGGCCACCUGGCUAUGCUUUCAUUGAUUUUGAUGACCGAAGAGAUGCUCAGGAUGCAAUCCGUGAAAUAGAUGGUAAGAAUGGUUGGAGAGUUGAACUCUCACACAAUUCUAGAGGUGGUGGAGGUGGAGGUGGAGGUGGGCGUGGGCAUGGUCGCGGUCACUCUGGUGGUUCCGACUCGAAGUGCUAUGAGUGUGGUGAACCAGGCCAUUUUGCUCGUGAGUGCCGGCAACGUGGAGGUGCAGGAAAACGCCGGAGUCGCAGUCCCCCUAGAUAUCGGAGGAGCCCAAGCUAUGGUCAAAGGACUUACAGCUCUCGUGGUCAUUCUCCUAGGCACCGCAGUUUGUCACCUCGUGACCGCAACUCCAGCCGAUCCCCAUACCGUGGAAGAGAUGAAGUUCCUUAUACUAAUGGAAAAGGCCUUGGGGAUCGCCAUACAAGGAGGAGCUCAAGAGAGGGAAGAUAAUUACCAGAUGCAGUCCUGAACCUUUUGAAGUUGUGUAUCUAAUAUCCUUGGACAUGAUCCACAACUGUGUAAGUGGGGCCGCCCCCUAUACUUCAUCUGGUGGAUUGGUUACUGGUUAUGAUUCCGAGUGUAUUUUUUUAUCUUUUGGCUUCCAUUUAAGAACUAUUUAUUUUGAAUUUAGAUCGUUGGAUCGUAUGGUAGCUAAUAUUUCUGCAAAUGAAGCAUCUUGUCUUGAAAUAAGCUGCUAAAUGUUUAUGUUUUUUUGUUUUUGUGUCGAGGUGUCUACUGCUUGUCUGCUUCCUUGGUUUUCUGCUUCUGCACUCCCCUGUGGUUUCGUUCUUCACUGCCCAGCUGUGGGAUCUUCAAUUCGAUUGAUUGUUGACCCCGGCUAGCCACAUUGCCUAUGUUCUUCUUUGAGUGAUUCUCUGCAGUUAUUAUGCUCCUCGUCUCAGCUUAUAGUGGCGUUACUUUAAGCUCAUUUUAGCAACGAGCAGCUUCAAAUGCUUCGGCCAUUAGUCGGGGAGUUGAUGUUCUCCUUAAACCACAUCGAGUUUUGAUGCACCAAUCGAGACGCUAAGGCUCAUAAUUGAGUGAAUAGCAGCAAAAGGAUCAUAUGAAACUACACAUAUGGUUCUUUGGUGAGGUGGGAGAAAGUGAUUUCACAGUUUAUAUUUUUGAACAUUUUGAGAAACAGAAGCGGUUCAUGUCUGCCUGCCCCUCACCUUUUCUGUUGCUCAUUCCAUUUUGAAAACACGACUUCCACGACCGAGCAGUUUGGGACAAUUAAUAAGUCUGUUACGAGGUUGGAGAAUUCGUUCUUGUAUGCGUGCAUCAUUAUAAAAAACUUCGGAUUAGAUGUUUCUUCGAAAUUUUGCGGGUGCAAUUUGAAUCGAAUUUAAAUUAGUCUUACAGUAGUAGUUGAGCUUGGGGUGGUAGAGUUUUGUUUUGUUUAUUUUUUAAUCAAUUAAUAAAAAUAGUUUUAUUGUCA